AUGCUGAUUUUGAAUUGUCUAUCAUACUUGGGUGUUAUUUUGGGAUUUGUCGGAUUAACCCUUAGCAUUGCUUCUGCUUUGUAUUAUGUUUCUGAGUUUAUAGAAGAACACACAAAGCUAGCCAAAGCCUUCUUAACAAGACUGGUUUACUUUAUCAUGGGCACGCUAAUCCUACUUGCUUUACUUGACGGUUUUCCUUUCUGGCUUUGCGCCUUUUCUAUAUUCAGUAACUAUGUCUACAAACUCAAUUUUGAUACAUUCCCAUUCUUUUCUUUUCGCCGUCUACGUUUUCUACUGGCUUGUGCCUUAAUUAUCACUAAUCAUCUCUUGUGGGUUCGGUUCUUUCAAACCCAUGAGUUUCCCGGUCGCCCUCGCGGCGUUACUUACGACUUUCUUGGCCAAAGAGUAGCGACAUACCGUGCCACCUUUUCACAAGUAGCCUCCUUUAUGGGAAUCUGCGUUUGGUCGGUUCCCAUUGGGAUUUUUGUGUCUUUCACUGCUGCAGACAAUGCUUUGCCUACUACCAUAGCUGCUGAUUCUUCAGAGUCCUCUUCUUAUCCUGAUUCAUCUAAUCGUCCACAAGUUCGUGCUUCUAAUGUUUUACGUCAAAUGUACAAGAAAGUAGGCGCCUACAUUGAACGGUCUCUUGCCGCCUUAGGUUUAAGUGACCAAAUGGGUGCAAACGAACGUUUUGUAUAA